AUGGCCGUGUCGAUCACUUCUCCAAAUCCUCAAAUACUCCUUCAGCCCAUUCUCGCAUGCCUCCCGACUGCUUUCGCUUCUCCUCGUCCGCCACCUGCUCUUCUGCCUCUUGUGUCACCGAUCUUGAGACAAAAACUUCAGUACCUUUCAGACCCAUCAGGCUCAUGGCUACAGCUUCUCUGCUGGGAUAAAGAGCAAUCGAGUAGCCUCAAAGGCAUCGUCGAGGAACUCGAUCUAGAACCGCACCCCACAUCCGGCGAGAUCGAACUCCCAGAUAUCCAAGGCCCCGAGUUCCAACGACUGGACAAAGAAACCCUUCAUACACGGUUCCAACUUCCCGACCUCCAACUCGCAUUUAUCUACCUCUGGUGCGACGAAGGCGGCGACAACGGCUCCGGUUGGCGACUAGCAGAACUCCUCCCUAUCAGCACAUCCUCUUCCUCCCAAAACGACGCUUGGAGUCCAACCAUCUCAUCCGCCGAAGACCGACACGAAAUGGCCGUCAAACAACUCACCACCGCCUCCAACGGUGGCACUCACGGAGAAAGCCAUGUCGAUGCUCCCUCCCGACCCAGCUCUACCGCUGACGACGAUUCAUACUGGGCGAUGUACGACCAGACACCAGGCAGAACACCCAACCGCACCCCAGCCAAACGGUCACCUGCGCCCACCGCCGUUCAGCCACCCACUGCCGAGGAGCUGGAGUACUUCGCGCGGUACAUGUCGGAAGUGCAACCGGCGCUGGAUCCCGAGGAUCCGGACGAGCAGCAGCUGGGACAACACGAGUCGACGUUGAAUGGCGAUUCGCUGCCGUGGCACGGCAACGGAGCGGAAGCGGCGUCAUCUUCAAAAGACGCAGUUCCGGCUCCGGAGACCGUCGAGGGUGCCAAUGGGGACACCGCUUUCCAACCACGCAUCGAGUCCCCUCAGCCGCGCUCCUCGCGCUCCAGCUCCUCCGCCCGAUCGGUGGAGAAGCUGGAGGAGGAAGCGGCGCGGUCGAACCAGACCGAGGUGGCGGUGAAGCAGCACAUCAGCACGGAUAUCAAGAGCCUGUUUCGGCUCGCGAAGGCGUCGGGGAUGGAUCGGGCGGAAUUCGAGCGGGUGGUGAAGACCGAGUUGGAGAUGUUGGUGAUGAUGGAGAGGGAAUGA